AUACCCAAAUGUUUAGAGAGCGUGAUGCAAUAGCGUUAGGACUAACGUUAGACUUCCAUUGACGUGUUGUUCCUACAGUUCAGGUCUUAAUUGGAUUACUUGGUUUAGUUCUUGUGUGGAUGGUAAUGGUUCUCUGUCAUUUCAUGUGUACUUUCAGAGUCUUGUGUUUUAUCUUUCUAUAAUGGUUUUCUCUGAGCUGGCUUCUCGUCUUAACGAUGUAGGUUACAAAAACUGGAUGAAGGCAGGUUAUUGUUUGCUGAAACUACGAAACGGACUGAAGGAAUUAGUUUCAGUGGAGAUGAGUGUUUUUCACCAAAACCUGAUUAAACAAAAUACUGUGUUAAGGGCAGGUUGUAUCGGAGGAUGUAAACCUAGGGGAAAGCAGUUUCAUCCAAACUGUUCAGUGUGCAGAGAAUGGAGGAAUGAAAUUCUGAGCCAUCACACAAACAGAAAUGGUGAAAUAAACUGGGGAAACUGCAGACCUUGGCUGUGGUCAUCUGAGCACUGGGAAGUUGCAAAGGCUUACAUGCCUCGCGGAUCAGCAGACAUCCAAGGACCAGACAAAUGUGAUGCAGCUGCUCUGCUUAACCUCAUUGGCUUCUGUGACCACUUCAGAUUCGUCAGCCAACAAAAAGUGAGAGAGGUGAUCAAAAGUCGCAAUGAGCUAAUGCAUUCUUCAGAAAUGAGUGUGUCAUCUGCCUGGAUAGACGAAUAUGCACUUAAAAUUCAUGAUCUACUGAAUGAAUUCAGAUGUGUUCCUGAAGUUAAAGAAGCAGCCAUUGAGAUAAAAAAGAUUCUAUCAUCUGACUGGGCAGUUGUUUUAUCAGGAAGAGAUGACGUAGAUGGCAUACCAAACAUGUCCAAUGAGGAUGAAGCAGUCCAAAUCAGUACAAUGGAAAUAGAGUUAUUAAAGGAGAAGUUACAGGAGAUACUGUUGGACAAACAAGAUGUUUUGUGCGAAGAGGAUAUAUCAAGAAUUGGAAAAUUCAGAUGCUUUCUAGAGGGCAGUAAAGAUCUAGGAAGUCAUUUUCAUGCUGCUAUACAAAGACUAUUGAACCUUGAGCAAAAAAAAGAACAUAAGCAUCAAAGAAGCAAUUCAAACGAUAUAGAAGCUGAGAAACACACUGAAGAUGAGAAAAGUGAAGAUCCACCAAGAAAAAAACAGAAAAACAGUGUUUAAGCCACGAUCCAGAAAAGUAAGGAUGCAAGUGAAGAGAACAUACAUGGGAAUCUAAUUUUGAAUGCAGUCAGCAUGAGUUGGCAAGAGCCAAGAAACCAAGAGCAGUGCAAAAUGAUGUUGACAGGAACACAGAAGAAGUAUUGUGCUAAGGACUACUAUAGGCUCAAGAAGCAGUCUUGGAAGGGACUCAUGUUACCGUUUCCAAAGCAACUACUCAGACUGAGUGUACACCUUGACUUAAAAUGGGAUCUAUAUGUUACCUACAAGUAUUGUAAAAGUUUCCCUACCUACCAAAAGAAAAUCUUUACUGAAAAUUUAAGGAUUACAAGUUGUAAUCUGCAAUACUCUUAGAUGGUGUCAUUUAACAUGCUGGCUAGGAUGAGAGGCAAACAGUAGCAAAAAGUUGCAGUAAAUAUUUAGAUGCAUUUUUAAAAUUUUUUUGAAGGCAUGAUGAUUUGACAUGUUGUUGGUGCUCAAAGUAAGAGGCAUAUUUCAUUAUGAUUAUGACCUGCAAUAAUUUGCAGUUUCGCCUCAUAUUUGAAUCAAUUUAAAAUUCAUGUCAUUUUAUUGGAUAAUUUGGCUGGGUAUUCUGAUUGGCUGUUCUUGGGGCAACCUGAAGCAAACUUUGUGUACUAGGUAUAAUCUCCUAUUAUCAGACACACAUCAUAAUACUUAAAAUGCUGUUAUUAAGGUUGUCUGCUGGCACAAAGUGAUUGAUGGUUUAUCUGACAUGCUUGUGCCCUGUGUUUGGUGGAAGAUGUUAUUAGAGAGUAACAUGAAUGGUUGUCCCAUCUAGGUUGGGUGUGGGUAGCAAUCUAGGUUCAGUGCAUUAGUACUAGCCUUUGAAGGCCUAGUUCUACACCAGCAGUAGUUUGGGUGACUGGCAGCCUUUAUUUAUCCAUUAAUGGGAAUAUGUAUAUGUUGUGCAAGUGUCAAGGCACAUUUACAUUCCAGGGUUGGGGGGUCCCUGAACUCAUAAAAAGUGAUGGUGGGUCCUAAUCCUUAAGUGCUGUGAUAGACUGAAAGGAGGGCAAUCACUUGUGCCAGCAAGGUCUAGCCCUGACCUACACUUACAGUUUAGGAUUGCACUGACCCCAGAGGAAUAUCAUAGGAAACAGGAAGGGAUCCACUAGAGAUGAAUAAUCAAGGGUAUAAUCAGUACUCUGGGAGGAUCACCAGAGGACUGGCAGGACAAGGACAUAUUAAGAAUGUAAUAAUUCAUUUUGAUAUCGCAGUAAGUUGACAUAUCUUUCCGUUACUUAAUAGCUUGCAUUGUCAUAGUAUAUUACUGAAGUCAGAUGAAUAUAGCAUAUGUAAGGCUCCUUUCAUAGUUGACCACUAUUACCAUUCAUAUUACUGUGUGACAGACUAAGUACUUGAUGCCUUUUUUUUUUACGUGUAACCACAAAAGCAGGAACUUUAAAAGAAACUGCAUUGCAGUAGACUCUUAAUAUUAUAUAUAUAUAUAUAUAUAUAUAUAUAAGUAAUCUUAAUUCUAGCUCUAUAUAAAUCUUGUUCAUUAACAUUUUUUAAUAUCUGAAAAUAUACUUUAGAAACAGGGUUGUCCAGUAGUCUUAAUAAUUGUGUUCUAAGUUAUUCACAGCAUUGUUGUUUUGUACUACAUUUCAGCUAUUAAUCUUGUGUUUUAUAAAAUACAGCAGUAACUUUGAUCACAGAAAAUUGUUAUGUUCUGUUUGUACUGCAAAAUAGGUUUAGAUCUCUUGAGCAGGUGUUUAUGACUCCAUUGGACUUAUGAAUGUGCAGUAGGACUGACAGGAUAAUUUCUGUUGAGGUUCUGUAUGCAAGACAGAGAUUACUCCUCAGUAGCCUGUAUGACACCAAGAAGAGGGACAAUGCUUUGAGAUGGUCUGGGAAGGUUUUAUGAUUUAGGCCCUUGAUUUUCUUAGUAAGAAAGAGUUGUGGGCAUUUGAGUGGUGUCAAAUGUUAGUUGUGGGCAUUUGAGUGGUGUCAAAUGUUUGGACAGGAACAUACUAAAGGGCGCCUUAUACUCUGUGAUCAGCCUGAUAAUUGUGGGAUACGAUGGAAUGAUCACAUCCCUAAACAUGAAUGCCAUGUCCAAAGUAAUAAGCUGUGCAGUGAAAAAGCACUUUCUUACAAUAGUGGAUACAUGGUGGUCAAAAGAUAGUUUAUCUACAUAUGUUCGCUUUUGUGUCUAGGACACAAUAAGAGUCUUCUUGGGUUCUGUUCAAGCAGCUUUAUUUUAUACAAACAUCACUAUAGAGACUUUAACUGAAGUAACUUGUAUACAAGCUAGCAACUGCAUUAUGCAUGCUCUCUCUCUGGCUGCUGCUUCAAAAUGGCACUAGAAUUUAUAUGUGCACAUACAGCCUCGCAUGCUUCUUAAAGAUAUAGCAUACACAUGUAUUAUGAGCUACAUCCUCCCUCUGAGAAAUAUAUCAUAUAAUUGUUAUGAAACCACUCGGCAUGCAAAAAUCACAGGUUAAUCUUUAGUCAUGCACUGUACAAUACUAAAUACACAUGUAUGUACAAUGAAGUCCACGUUGCAGCAUAUUUCACACUAGGCUUAGAUACUUAUCCAGAACAUGUGACAUAAAACUGGGAGUUAGAUUUAGCAGCUGGAACACUUUCUGCAAAAUGGCUGACCUGUGGAAUGUUCGAUCAUUUACUAGAGUGGAAUCAGAAUUUUGAACACAUUCUGGACUAGAAACAAUGUCUGAUUCACUAGGUUUAGAGUUUGCAUUAAAGAAACAAUGAUCUGAUGUUGUUAAUCUUCUUUCCAUUCAUCACUGAUUGGCUUGGUUCCGAGCCCUCGGAACUGAGUCUGCCUAUUACCAAG